AUUAUCAUUAUUAUUAAACUAUUAUUCAAAUUUAAAGCUUAGAUUAUAACAUUCAGUGUCAUAAAGCUUUAUACACGUGAUUACUCAAUUAGUAAUUCAUUGCCUGGAUUUUUUUUGUGAUUAGAGGAAUCCAGUACAUCAUAUACAAAUAAUUACCAUCAGUAUUGAUAACUAAUUUUUUUCUACUAUCAAUCAUCUUUCAGUUAAAAUACAAACAAACAGUUCUAUUCAUAUUUUUCACCUGUGAGCUAUGUUAACAAUGCAACCAAAUUAUUAUGGUACACGAGUUGAUACACGUCUUGUUAAUGGUCCAGUUCUUAAUUCACAAUUAACAAAUUAUUCACAGAAUCAACAGUUAGCCCAUCAACAACAACAACAACAAUCGUCACAACCGCAACAUCAUUAUCCUCCUCCUCUUCCUUCUCAUCAUCAUCAACAACAACAACAACAAACACAACUGACGCAAUCACAACAUUUACAUGAAUUACGUUUACCGUCAAUUAUAUCACCGACAACGUCAACUGGUAACAAAAAUAAUAAUGAUUCAACAAACUGUUCUGAUGUAAUCAAUAAUCCUAAUUCAUCACCUAGUGAACGUAAUUUUUCAUUGUCAAGACAAUUAGGACUAAGACGUAAUAAAGUUGGUAAUCAAGAUUGGGGACAAACUAAUCUUGAUUGUAAUAUGAAAGUAGGAUAUGCUACAGUUCAGUCACCAACUGUCACAAACGCAAUAACCAUAACACAUAAUGAAGAAAUAUCAUCUAAGCCAACACGUUUACGUCUUAAUUGUGCUGUAACAAAUGAGCAUUCACCAGUUGGUUCUUCACCAUCACCGACAAUUGCAACAAGUCUAAACAAUAAUACUAAUAAUAAUAGUAUGAAUACAGGAAUAAUAAAUCAACAUUUUUAUUCAGAUAUAAAUUUAAUUCGACAAUCAAAUGAUUUGAUCUCUUCUACUGCUUCCAAUGUAUACGGACGUAAUGGACCGAAAGAAUUAGAUUAUCUAUUAGCAGCGAAUGCAGCCGCUGCUCUUGUUAGUCAACUUGGCGGUGCCACCAAUGUCAAUAAUAAUAAUCAUUCACCUAUUAACAAUUUAAAUCCCAAUUUAACCAUGGAACAGUUAAAUAAUAGUUCUAAGUUAAUACAUCGUGAUAUUAACUCACUUGAAUCAUUUACAGGGAAGAAUUUUUUUAUGUCUAAUGAAUUAAAAUAUAACGGUUCUGCUAUUACUACUACUAAUAAUAAUACUAAUGGAAGUAAUAAUGAUAACAAUAGUAGUGGUAAUAAUAAUAAUAGUAAUAAUAUACAUUUAUCAUAUGAUGACCAACAACGACUUAUAUACUCUGAUAGAGAACAAAAAUAUCCUACUUCAAAUCAAUUGAAAUCAUAUCCAAAUGGUUUAUUAAAUCCUUUCAAUGGAACUAAUUUUAUACAUCCAACAAUUCAGUCAAAUUCAUUAAUGACUCGUCAUUCAAAUAAUAAUUCAUUUCAACUGAAUACUACUAACGAUAGUAACAAUAACAGUACUACUAACAAUGCUAACGAUUCACGAUCUCAUCUAUAUGAUAUAUCAACUUUCAACACACAAAAUCCUUAUUCUUUAACAAAUACAUUGAAUUUCAAUUCACGUACAAUGCAUAAUCAGUUAAGUAUGAAUGAUUCAAUGAAACUAAAUGGAAAUUUAACGUUACACGAUACAAAUUAUCAUGCCUUAUUAAAUGGAUCAUCAUCAUUUGGUAGUACAGUAUUUCGAUCAUUAGUGAAUUCAGAGAAUCAAUCAUAUUUGAACAAUUCUACUAACAUGUUAAUGAAUUCAUCUUUGGACAAUAUUAAUAAUAGUAAUAAUCAUUCUACAUUGAAUGAUAAUAGUAGUGAUUGUAUUGGACAGUCAUUACGUCAAGGUGGUAAUUCAAAUGAAUCCAAUGUAGUUGUUUAUCCUUGGAUGAAUCCUAAAGGAACUGGUAUGUUUUUGCAAUUGUUUUUUUCUUGUAUGCAUCUCAAAUUUCAUUUCAUCUGUCAAAGACAUUUGUAGAGAAAGAGUAGUGAUUCUAGCAAAAGAAGCUCUCCUUUUGUUGCAGUUUUCGCAUUUUUAAACAACAAUAAGAAGGGUAUUACAAUAAUUUGCUUUUUAGAUAAUUGACGGGAGAGAUUUGUACCUCAGCAAAUUAAUUUAGAUAUAUUUUCUUUCUCUGAGUCAGUUGGUCUAAUCUCAUGUAAAUAUAUUUGACAACCAAUUAGUAGUCACAGUGACUAAGAUGAACUGAGCAACCAUUUUGUUCGAUGUAAAACUUAUCGUAGUGUGUACAAUUUAUUUUAAAUAUAAUAUCUGAAUUUUCACCUUUUGUCAUUUCACCCUUUAAGUUGCAUAAGAUUGACUGAAAUAAUUCUGUUGGUUUAUGGGCUACACUUAUUGGUACAAUUCUCAACAAUAUGGUUACCAUUUCUAUUAUUUACAUCGUAUAUGACACAAUAAUUCAUUUAUUAAUUUCUAUAUGUGAUUUUUUUUAAAGGUUUAAUAAGUAUAAUGAAAAUGCCCAGCUCACAGAAUACAAUUCUAUUAAAAUUAAUUUCCAAAGAGAAAAGUGAUCUCAUUAACUUAUAUAUAUGUUUCCUAUUAUGAUGACAUCACGUUCCCAAUCUCUAAAACAUUGUACACAGAGCUUCUUUAAUAAAACUAGUCACUAGCUUUACCGACUAACUAGUAUUAAUAAUAAUAUGAUUAUUAUUGGUUGCCAUGACAAUUUAUUGAUCAAACUACUUAUAACACGAAUAUCUUAUCCAGGUUACUAAAUAAACAUAAUUUAUUCGUUAAAUUUUUACGUAAAUAAAUGAUUAUUGUAUAAACAAGUAUUUGAUAUAAGCUACAUAAUUCCACUUUGAUCUUAGCGCUAGUUUAUUAUAAUUACAGUAUACAUCAUAAUGAACGUUUAUUUUUUCAUCAAUUUUCAUUAACGAUUUUUGCUAUAGACUUUUUUUCAAGUAAUAAUAAUAACUAUAUUGUCCAAAUUGAAGGUUAAACCAAUUCAUAUAAGUGAUUAAUUAACCUCUUAGUAUAGUUACAUUUAUUUUGAAAUCUAUUCAAGCCACUGAAUAUGUACUGAAUAUCAUGAUUUUUGUCUCU